AUCAAAUAAUUGCUCGAGUCGAGGACUCUUGAAUGGUGCUGCGGGUGGCCUUGAACCUUCUGGCCUGUCUUCCUUUGCGGGCACGACCACACUUGUAACAAUGACUCUUUCUCUCUCUGUCUUUCUCUCUGUCUUUUCUCCUCUCCUCUCUCUCUCUCCAGACCAUAUCGUUUAUCAUCCAUAUCAAGCAAUCCAUCCAACUCUGCUCGUGGAUCCGACUAAUCACCGUUCCUUCAAAGUCCAACAGUGGUUGAUUCGCCUCAUCCGACGUGUUGUCGUUACGUCCUUUGCCUCCUCGCAAAGGGGAAAAAAAAACCAGGUAAGAAAGAUACAGGAAAAAGACAGACCCAGACCAUCCAGAACCUCAGGUACCAACACUGCCGCUUCUCUCUCUCCAUCCUUGGGAUUCAUUAUCAUGAUUCUUCUGUCCCCUCUCAUUCGACUGUAUUUUUAAUUGUGGAUUUCUUUUCUUGAUCGGAAUUGUUUCUUCAUCGCUUGCUUUUCCAUUUGCUUGUCAUUGCCUCUCCUUUUCUCCCCUGUGCUUGACUCUCCUGGCCUUCCUGGCCUUCCUCAUAGGCGUGGUGGUACGUUCUACUCCCUGUCGACACUUUCAUCCAUCGUCAAUUUCUGUCCCCCUGGGUUC